AGAUGGGUUCAGAUGUACGUGACCUGAACUCCCUUCUUCCUCCAGUACCAGCGGGGCCUAGUCCAAACUGUCCGGCUUUACCCGUCAGUACAGCCCCUCAGUGGGCUCCCGUGCUGGACUUCCACACCGCCGCCUCCCCUUACUCCUCUCUGGGAACCCCUCACACUUCCCUUGGGCCGCACUCCUUCAUCAAGCAGGAGCCCACCUGGGGUAGCACAGGUGACCCCCACCACCUCGACUCCGAUCCUCAUUGUGGCCUCAGCGCUUUCACCGUACACUUUUCCGGCCAGUUCACCGGCACGGGGGCUUGUCGGUAUGGGGCUGCGUUCGGGGCACCCCCUUCUGCGCCGCCGCCGUCCAGCCAGCCACCUUCUGUUGGGGCCCCGCAUCACCACCAGACUCCCAGCAGGAUGUUCAGUAACCCGUCGUACUUGACCAACUGCAUGGACACGCAACCUACAGUCCGCAAUCAGACAGGUUACAGUACAGUUGCGUUCGAUGGAGCCAGUAAUUACGGUCACACUCCAAGUCAUCACAGCUCGCAGUUCCCCAACCACCCCUUCAAACACGAAGACACUUUAAGUCAUCAGAACACCAUCGCAGAGCAGCAGUAUUCCAUGCCCCCUUCGAUGUAUGGAUGCCACACGCCUUCAGACAGCUGUACAGGAAGCCAGGCUCUUCUUCUGCGGAAUCCUUACAACAGUGGUGAAAAUUUAUAUCAAAUGACCUCUGAGUUGGAGUGUGUGGCUUGGAACCCUGUCAAUACACUGGUGUCCACCAUGAAGAGCCAUACAGGAGGCUAUGACAGUGAACCCACCACGCCCAUGGUGUACAGCUGCAGCACGCAGUACCGCAUACACACACACGGCGUCUUCAGGGGAAUACAGGAUGUAAGACGCGUGCCCAGCAUCGCUCCAGCCAUAGUUCGAUCAGAGAGCAGCGAGAAGCGUCCAUUCAUGUGCCCCCAUCCAGGAUGCAACAAGCGCUACUUCAAGCUGUCUCAGUUGCAGCUGCACGGCCGUAAACACUCAGGUGAGAAAACCCACCACUGUGAGGUCGCAGACUGCGGUCUGAGCUUCUCUCGCUCUGACCAACUCAAACGACACCAGAGGAGACACACAGGUGUUAAACCCUUCCAAUGUGAGACGUGUCAGAGAAAGUUCUCUCGGUCUGACCACCUUAAGACGCACAACCGGACUCAUACAGGUAAAACAAGCGAGAAGCCCUUUCACUGUCGCUGGCCAAAUUGUCAGAAGAAGUUUGCCCGCAGUGAUGAGUUGGUGCGACACCACAACAUGCACCAGAGGAACCUCACCAAGCUCCAACUGGCAGUCUGAGUCGGUGUUCAGUCACUUUAUUUAUUCGGUAAUCAAGUAGUCAUUGUUCACUAUCACACAUAGAGUCGACCUACAGUUGCAUGUACUGCACUUAUUGCCGGUUUAUUCUAAUCACAGUACCAUGGACGCUCAUGAAUAUUCAUAUUAUUCUCUUCAGUCCAGUUGAAACAUGUCUCAACCGACGCUAUUCUAAAAAACAAAAUGACACAAAAUUUACUUUGUCACCUAUAACACAAAGCUAAUAAACAUAAAGCUGAUGUUUUCUUCACACUGGAUUAAUUUUAGCAUCUUUAAUGCACAAAAUGUAUCAAUUUAAUUUGACUGCCUUGGCCUCUUGUGCAAAAAAAACGUAGAAGUUUGGGUUUAUAAAAACGUCUUUGGUAUCAAAUGAGCUAAAGUUGCUGUCUGUCAUGGUUAGGGACUGAAAUGGGGAUGUUACUAUAUCCCGCCAUGGGUUAAAUUUAAACUGACAUGUUGAUACUAAUGCAUUAGUGGAGAGUUGCAUCAUCACUUUUUUUUUGCCUCUUGUGCUAAAUUUAACACUAAAAAAAACAGGAAAAAUGGGAGAAAUAGAGCAGUAACACAAUAGCACAGUAGCACAAUACAAGAAAACAAACUGGCAUGUUGCUGCUAAUGCAUUAGUGGAGAGUUGCAUCAUCACUUUUUUUGCCUCUUUUAAAUGAAAUUUAACACUAAAAAAACAGGGAAAAUGGGAGAAAUAGAGCAGUAAGGCACCAUAUAAGAAAACAAACUGACAUGUAGAUACUAAUGCAUUAGUGGAGAGUUGCAUCAUCACUUUUUUUGCCUCUUGUGCUAAAUUUAACACGAAAAAAACAGGAAAAAUGGGAGAAAUAGAGCAGUAAGGCACAAUAUAAGAAAACAAACUGACAUGUUGCUAUUAAUGCAUUAGUGGAGAGUUGCAUCAUCACUUUUUUUUGCCUCUUUUUUUGCAAAAAAACGUCAUCUUUUUUUUUUGUUGUUGGCGAUGCUGAUGAUAGAAGGAGCAUUAGUUACUCUGUGAAAACAAAGUCAUGGUAGAGCAAUUUAUAGACAAAAUAGGUGAAUCCCAAUUAGUCUCACAUAAGGAUUGUGGAUAAUUGGAAAAAAAACAUCAGUGUUGUAAAAAAAUGUCAGUGGUCACGUCAAUAAUUAGAAAAUAAACAUAAACCUAAAAUUUCCAUAUCACAAGUCAAGUAUUUUGAUGUGUUGUCUUUUUGGCACGGAGCAAAAUAUUUUGUUGUGUGUCAGUUUUGUGAUGUAAGCAGUAGUUAUUAGUUAUUCGACACUCUUUGAGUAGCAGUACAUUGUCUGUUUUGUGGACGUGAUGUAAAUAUGAAUGGAUAUUGACUGUGUUUUUACACACACACUGCAUGUUCUCAACUACUGUAUGUCUGGCGGGUCACACUGGCUCUGUGACCAGGACUUGGUCAAGAUGUAAAUAAUGUGCUUUGCCAUGGGAACGGGGCUCUUUCCAUGGGGAAUACUUUGGACUUAACUGUGAUAUUUUUGGCUAUUUUUGAAUGGAUCCUGGAGCCACUUGUUUUUUUUUUUCUUUUUUGACAUGUAAUAACAAUUUAGCUGUAAAUAGUAAAUGCUAGUGAAACAUUGUUUUGUACUACAAAUGGAAUUACCUAAAUUCUUUCUGUGCAAAAUGUUUUUUUAUUUGUUUUCAUGAAGUACUCUCCGGGGUUCUUAUUAUUUAUUAUUCAGUAUGUUUUUAUACGUCAUAAUAAGCAGUUAAUAAAAUUCUGAUUAUGGUAUGUCAU